ACGUAGGGAAAUCAAAUUUAAAUAUCAAAUAAUUCCGGCUUAAACAUGUACAUAAAUGUACUCUUUAUCAAACGGUAUUGUCAAAAAAAUAUAUAUUUUUUAUUUUUUAACAAAAUCCCGUGUUAAAAUCUGUUUUUCUUUUUUCAUUAUUUAAUGCCGGCCAGUUAAUUAUACGUCAGCUUGUACACCUAAAUUCGGCCAAUCAUAUGUCGGUCACCUGUCAACGGCCAACUGUCAAUCAUUUUUUUGGGUCAUAGCAUCUUGAUUCAUAUGUCGCAUCCUAAUAUACGCAACGGUUAAUAAUAGAAUCUUCGCAGAGUAGUGGUGACCGUUACAGGUGUUGUAGUUUAUUAUAGUUGGAGCAUAGUUAGAGCGAAUUUUUGAUAGUUAUUAGGAUAUAGUGUACAGUUGUGAGAGUGAGUGAUAUUGCUAGUGGUGAGAGAUUGUGUGCUGAGACUGUGUGUUGUGCUGAGACUGUGUGAUUGUGUUGUUUGUGGGUGUGAGCGUUUGAGAGAGUGUGUGUUGUGGUGUUAGCGGUAGUGUUAGCGUUAGUGUUAGCAUUAGUUAGUAUGAGUGCACCACGGAGAUGUUUGCUGGGCUGUCCGCCCAUGCAAACAACACUAUUCAACAUCCCGGCGAGUCCCGGAAUUCGUGCCUGCUGGUUCGAGUUCCUGCAUUUCGACGAGAGAGGGCUGACUAAGAGAGACCGGGUUUGCGCCAGACAUUUCACCGAGUCCUGUUUUAUCAACUACGGGCAGUACUCCGCUGGACUGGCGAAGGAGCUAAUCCUUGAGGACACGGCUGUGCCAUCAGUGUACACAGUUGGGACAUCUUCUUCUAAAAUACCAACCAGAGAUGUCGCCUGUCAGUACAGCCCGACUCAAAGGGACGUUUUCAUCCAGACCUCAAGGAGCUCCGUUUCAAAAACAACCAGUACCCGCAGUAAAGGUAUCUCGUGCCGUCCAGCUGGCCACUCAGUGGCUGUGGGCUGCUCAAUGGCUGACUUCCCUGACCUGCUGCUGACCUCAACACCAAUCAAAGGCAAAAGAAAAAGAGUGCAGUUGGAGGAGUUGCAGUUGGAGGAGCUGAGCACGGACUCCAUUGAGCCAACUGAUCCAAUGGAUUCCACCUAUCAGCCCAGCUUCACUGAAAUUUCACAGGACAAUGCGAGUGCUCCUCCACUGUAUGAAAGCAGGAAGUACAUGGUGUUUGAAGAGAACCUCUUGCAGCUGCUGAGGAACUGCCCAACCUGCAUGCGACCAUGCCAAAUUGACACCUUUGAAAUUGGCACUUUAUUAUCAGUCAAACAGACAUGCAGCAACUGUGUCAUAACCAACAAGUGGCAAAGCCAGCCUUUUAUUAGAGACAUGCCAGUGGGAAACCUCCAGUUGUCGGCUGCAGUCUGUUUUAAUGGGGCUUCAUUCCUUCAGAUUCACAAGGUACUGUCGUCACUACGAAUGGCAUCCAUCUGUCCCCGCACAUUCAACCACCAUCAAAGCCUCUUCCUGCAACCAACCAUUCUUUGGCAAUGGAGGGCAGAGCAGCAGCAGAUCAUUCAGCUGGCCAAACAAUGCCAUAAACCAAUCACUUUAGGAGGCGACAUGCGAGCUGAUUCUCCCGGACAUUGUGCUAAGUACGGCUCAUACACUACAAUGGUUCUCGAUUGCAACAAGGUUGUGGACAUUCAAUUGGUCCAGAGUAAUGAGGUCGGAAACAGCCAGAGAAUGGAGAGGGAGGGCUUUGAAAGAAGCCUUCAUUUUCUUGAGUCGGAGGGGUUGGACAUUGGAGCCAUAGUAACUGAUCGCCACCCAUCGAUUGGGAAGUUCAUGAGGGAACAAAGACCUUCCAUCAGGCACCUGUACGACACCUGGCACGUUGCUAAAGGUUUACAGAAAAGGAUUGAUGCCCUAGGGAAGAUGAAGGGAUGCAGGGACGUGGCCUGGUGGAGGAAAAGUUUUAGAAUGGCUGCAGCCAUGUAA